GGAGCCCAGCCGAGUGCCGCCUGGGGCUGCGGGAAGUGCGGGGAGACGGAGCGAUCGGUGGAGCCCGGGCGGCGGGGCCGAGCAGCGGAUUGGCCAACGGCUCCUUUCAACCCUGCCUCGUUGGUGGCCACUGAGAAGCGCGGGGGGCUCCCCAGACAGCCGUGGGGACAAGUUAGAGCCAGCACUUUACCCCCGGGCCUCGCGUGUAGCUUUCCCUCCCCUGUUCUAGGUGCCCCAGUGUCCAGAGGGGGGUGCGGGUGUGCCCUCCUUAAUGUUCCACCGCCCGGGCAACCCCUUCGGUCUCGUGUUCCAUCUCGCUCUUGCUUCUGUACCGUAGUCAAGUGGAGCCACUUUGCAUCAUGUCCCGGUAUAGCUACCAAAGUCUCCUGGACUGGCUCUAUGGGGGUGUCGACCCCAGUUUUGCAGGCAAUGGGGGCCCCGACUGUGCUGCCUUCCUGUCUUGGCAGCAGCGGCUGCUGGAAAGUGUGGUGGUCCUGACCCUGGCCCUGUUGGAGAUCCUGGUGGCCCUUCGGCACAUCCUGAGGCAGACGGAGGACGGUAGGGGUGGCCGUGGCAGCCAGCCACAGCAGGUGACCCAGCGGCCAGAGGAAGGCAAGGAGAGCCUGAGCAAGAAUCUGCUCUUAGUAGCCCUGUGCCUGAUCUUCGGGGUGGAGGUGGGCUUUAAGUUCGACAAGACCGUCAUCUACCUGCUCAACCCUUGUCACCUGGUCACCAUGAUGCAUAUCUUCCUCCUGGCCUGCCCUCCAUGUCCGGGAGCUAUCGUCAUCUUCAAGUUACAGAUGCACAUGUUGAAUGGAGCUCUUUUGGCAUUGCUGUUUCCUGUGGUAAAUACCCGACUGCUCCCCUUUGAACUGGAGAUUUACUACAUCCAGCAUGUUAUGCUCUACGUGGUCCCCAUCUACCUGCUUUGGAAAGGAGGUGCUUACACCCCAGAGCCCCUCAGCAGUUUCCGGUGGGCUCUUCUCUCGACGGGUCUCAUGUUCUUUUACCACUUCAGCAUCCUGCAGAUCCUCGGCCUGGUCACCGAAGUGAAUUUGAACAACAUGCUGUGUCCGGCCAUCUCAGACCCAUUCUACGGCCCCUGGUAUCGCAUCUGGGCCUCGGGACACCAGACUCUCAUGACCAUGACCCACGGGAAGCUGGUCAUCCUGUUCUCAUACAUGGCUGGGCCCUUGUGUAAAUAUCUGCUGGAUUUGCUCCGGCUUCCAGCCAAGAAAAUAGACUGAAGGUGCUUGGA